AUGGCUCCGAAGAAACAGGUAAAGAAACAACGUGUGCGGGUUACUAACAAGGCAUUAGAGGCCCGCCAAUUCUCUACAGUGCGGAUGCCAAAAACGAGUGAAGUACAGACUUCGAAAGUGGAUGUUGCACGCAUGUUUGAAGACCGCGAUGCCGGCAGUGUAGCAACUGCACGUGUCCAGAGUAACAACAAUACGAAUGAUAAUAGUACUACCCAUAAUAAUAAUAAUAAUAAUGGUAAUGCUGCGCAUCCAUCAUCACAGGCGUUUGACCCAAUUCCAAAUGAUCCGAUGUUUGUUGUUGUUGCCAAGUCGAAGUAUUGGCCGCCGCCCACGCUGGAGGAACUGCACGCAGAAACAGGCGCUGAAAUAACGGACGGCUUCGACACGUACGACCGACGUGAAGAUGACAAACAAUCACGACAAGAACGUACUAAAAUUGUGCGAGGUGAAUUGAAUCAUCCGCGAGGUAAACCGCGGCAAAAUACUCUUGUGAAACUAGAUGAUGAUAGUGAUGAUGCAGAGGAGAAGGAAUAG